UUGCCUGUUAGUCAUCAUUGCGGCUCUGCGGGCGUUGCUCUGGCAGCCAACAGUGAUGCAUCUCAUCUCACACCUCACCUCGCUUCGGCACGAGGCGGUGCCAUCUCUGCUCUGCAAUGCAUCUACACUCCCCCUCUCUCGCAGCAUAGUCAUUCUCUUCGCAUCCGCCGCACAGACUGCAGCAUGGAGGCUUUUCUGGCCGUCUCCUUCGACAACAUCUCUUCCCGCGACACGACACGCAUCCGCAAAGGCUUACGGCAGAUUGAAGGCCUGUUGGCGCAAAUAUGUCUUUCACGAGCCGCACAUCAGAGAAAGUCAUCGGCGCUGGCCGAACAACAGCAUCCCCCUCCUAAGAAGCUGGGCGAGCUGAAGAACGACGCUGCGUUCCGCGAGUUUUUCCGAUUGCAGGAAGGCUUUCAAUGGAACAUCGCUUCACGCCUCAUCUCCACCCUAGAGCGCCUCAUGGGAAUGGGCAACCCUUCGCACACCGACCUCCUCAUCCUCUCCACCCUCGACCUCCUACACGGCAUCCUGCUCUUACACCCCCCUUCGAGAUGCCUGUUCAACCGCGCCGACUACAUGAACCUCCUGCUCGACCUCCUCGAUUCCACAAACCCACCCAAGGUGCAGUCGCAAGCCUUGCUCGUCCUCGUCUCAGCACUACUCGAUUGCCCCGCGAAUACCCGCACCUUCGAGAGCAUCGAUGGCCUACUCACCGUCACCAGCCUGUUCAAGAGCCGCAACGCAACGAAGGAAGUCAGGAUGCGGACAUUGGAAUUCUUGUACUUUUACUUGCUGCCCGAAUCCGUCCACACCACAACUGCCAGUGCGCCAAACACUGCAGUCCUGCAGCGGAAUCCGAGCAAGCUUGGCAGGAACGUGCCCGGACACGCAAGGACACAUUCCGGAGAUGGCGGUGGCGGUGGACGGAUGGACAUCGAUGAGCCGUCGGGGAAGAGGAGCAUGGAAGAGAAGCAGCAGCUGCUGGGCCGCUAUCUCAGCAAUGUUGCGGACCUCGUUCAUGAUCUGCAAGAGAGCUCUCCAUUCGGCGCGGUAUCCGCAUGACAAAGGGUGUGGUGUUGGGUUGCUUUCUGCUUUCGUGUUCCUUCAGCAAGCAUGGUGUUCGGGGGCAGGGCUGUCUUGCGUAUAUGCACUUUCUGCGUCCGCCGGGUCAAUGUGCCCGUCGGGUUGUUCAUUCCGCGAACCAUGACUGUAUUCACUCACGAACAUGUCCGAAUACUGGGUAUCCCAGCGAAGUAACAGCCAGACGUACCCAAGAUCAUCAUUGGUGAUAAGUG